CCUCCCAUUUUACCUUCGGCCUCCCUUCCCUCCCCCUGCGAGGCCGGCGGCCACGCCCCCUCCCGGUUGCCUGGCGAAGCCUGAGGCCUGGCUGGGGCCUGCUCGCCACUUGCCGCCUGCCGAGAUGCCGCACGGCUUCAAGGCCGGAGACCUCGUCUUCGCCAAGAUGAAGGGGUACCCGCACUGGCCCGCCCGGAUCGAUGAUAUAAUCGACGGGGCCGUCAAACCCCCACCCAACAAGUACCCCAUUUUCUUCUUUGGGACCCAUGAGACGGCCUUUUUGGGUCCCAAAGACCUCUUCCCUUACGAGAAGUACAGGGACAAAUACGGGAAGCCCAACAAGCGGAAAGGCUUCAACGAAGGGUUGUGGGAGAUCCAGAACAACCCUCACGCGAGCUACAGCGCGCCACCGCCUGUGAGCUCCUCCGAUAGCGAAGUGGCCGACGUCGACCCCAUCGGUGGAGGCGGAGGAAGUGAUGCUGUGGAGGAGGAAGAGUCUGCCCCGGCGGCAGCGGUCGGCGCCCCAGGAGUGGCUGUGGAGAAGGUGCAUAGCGACUCCGACUCCGACAAAGGAAGCGAUCGCAGUGGUGUGAAGCGGAAAUCGUUAGCCAUGAAAAUGCCAGCAGCCAAGCGGCCACGGAAACCAUCGAGCGACCUUGACCAGGCCACUCCAUCUCCAUCAGAGGAAGAGGAGAACUCUGAAAGCUCUUCAGAGUCUGAGAAGUACAGCGACCAGGACUUCACUCCGGAGAAGAAGCCUCCACCGAGGGCUUCCCGGCGAGCUGCUGCCGGCGGGUGGAAGAAAAAGAAGAUCGAAUCGGGCUCUGACUCGGAGGCCAAGGCUGACUCUGAGGAAGAGGAGGAGGAGGAGGAGGAGGAAGACGACGAGGACAGAGAGGACACCAAGGCUCCCACACCCAAGUCGGAUUCUGACUCCAACUCGGACGAGUCUGUCAAGAAGCCUUCCCGGGGACGGAAGCCUGCGGCAGAAAAGCCACCCCCGAAGCCUCGUGGGAGGAAGCCCAAGCCAGAGAGGCUUCCCAGCAGCUCCAGCAGCGACAGUGACAGCGACAGCGACGUGGACCGCAUCAGCGAAUGGAAGCGGCGCGACGAGGAGCGCCGGCGGGAGCUGGAGGAGAAGCGGAAGCGGGAGCAGGAGGAGGAGCUCCGGCGCCUGCGAGAACAGGAGCGGGAGGAGAAAGAGCGGAAGAAAGAGAGGGCCGAGAAGGGGGAGGCGGAGCGCUCGGACAGCGGGAGCAGCAGGGACAACGAGGUCCCCAGGAGAGGCAGGAAGGGGGGGCGGCCCAAGGCGGCCCCGUCCUCCUCUGACUCGGAAGCGGAGAAAGAGGUGAAAAAGCCUCUAAAGAAGCAGCCGUCUUCGGAGCUCUCGAAGAAGCAGAAUCAAAAGGAGAAGAGGGGCCAAGGGGACGAGAAGCUGCGGAACAAAGCUUUGAAAGCGGAACGAGGCAGGAAAAAACCUGACCUGCUCCCCGAAAGGAGGGUGGAGAAGAAGAAAGAGCCCACAAUCGAGGAGAAGCUCCAGAAGUUGCACAGCGAGAUCAAGUUUGCUCUGAAAGUGGACAAUCCGGACAUCAAGAGGUGUCUGAGCGCUCUGGAAGAGCUGGGCAGCCUACAGGUCACCUCUCAGAUCCUCCAGAAGCACACGGAUGUUGUGGCCACUCUGAAGAAGAUUCGGCGUUACAAGGCGAACAAGGAAGUGAUGGAGAAGGCGGCCGAGGUCUACACGUGCCUGAAGUCCCGUGUCCUGGGUCCAAAAGUCGGGGCGAACCAGAAAGUCAACCGGACCGACAAGGACAAGGGGGACGUGGAGAAAGGCAGAGAGAAGCUGCCUGAAGAAGAAGUGGAGAAUUACAGAGGCGAGGAAGAGACGAGCGCUGACCUCCCAGCUCCUGUCAACGGAGAGUCGGUGGUCCAGAAAGAGGAAGGUGCAGCAGAGAAAAAGGACAGGGAUCAGGAUUGGACCUCUGGCGAUACCAAGAGAGGGGCAUCCCCCAAAGACACCCACAACGAAGCGCAAGACUAUCCCGCGACGGACCGAGCAGGGGCGGAACGGGAGAGGAUCCCGGCGGAGUCGGACUCCGCGGACGAAGACGACGGGAGCUGAAGCCCCCGCAUCGUUGCGACGCCUCUGCUUUGCCGAGAUGCUUUUCCAAGCUGCACCGUAGAUGACCGCCUGGGUCGGCCUUCCCCCACCUGGUACCCUCCAGGUGUUCUCGCGUUGCUGGGUUUUGUUUGUCUUUGGAAGACUGCACCUCCCAUCUUCCCUGGCCAUUGGCCAUGCUGGCUGGGGCUUGUGGGAGUUGUAGUCCCCAAACAGCUGGAAGACACCAGGUUAGGGAAGCUUGUUCUAGGUCAUGUUCCUCCUCCCUGAGCCCUGCACCCCCCCACCCUACCUUUCUCGCCUCCCUCCCCUCCCCUGAGCCCCUUGGAGGAUUAUGAACUUCUGGGGCCGCCCCACACCGCUAUACGUUUGUAUGGGCCCCCAUGUUUUUGCUUUCUUCCCCCCCUGCUCCUUCCAACGCUCCCGACCCCCCUGUUACCUUUUACUCUUGUGAUUUGAACAGAUGUGAAAUGAAUAUAUAAAGGGUUGUUUUUUAAUGAAAGAAAAUGCCAUUUACCUUUGUCAAAUUUCUUCGUUUUCUUCCCCUCUUCUCCCCCCCCUUUUUUUGGUGAGGAGCGAGAGGGGUGUGGGAAAACAAUUGAGCUCAAAAGAACCCCAGCUUUGAGGUCUUCUGUGGCCCUUAUUUUAAGGGUACCACCUGUCCCAUUUCCGCAAGAUCAGCGUUCUCUGCUUAGCCGGGGCCGGUUUGCACCUCAAAGAGACAUGUGGGCAUGUUGCCGAACAACAGCUCCCAUCAUCCCUGGCGCAUUCGCCAUGCUUGCUAGGGCUGAUGGGACUUGUAGUGCAGCAGCACCCGGACGGCCAAAGGUUCCCCACUGCCGGUCUAAAAUCCAGCCUGGCUUCUCCUGUGAAGUUGUGCAGCUCAGCUUUGAGACGCUCCCCUUUCCGUUGUGUCCUUGAGUCCAUGGCUGACUUUGUAAGCCUCUGGCUCUUUUUAUCACCACUGCCUCCCUCUUCCCCCACUCCUGGCUCUCCUCCCCAUUACCCUGCUGCUUAGGGUAGUUGCUGGCAUGCCACCCUCUCAAGUCAGGCUAGAGAGAGACCCUUCAAGUGUUAUUCUGCUGCUGCCGUGUGAUUCUCCCACGUGUCGCUGUAAGAGCGUCAGAGUCCCAGCUGGGAGGUUAUAGUGUCAUCCCAGUUCCUGAGCCGGAGAGAGGGGGAAAUAUCUGAUGACAAGCAGUGUGGAACAUCCCAGCCGCCGGUACCUCUUUUAGACUGCCAAAACGCCUGCCUCAGAUACUGAGCCAUGCAGAGGUGUGGGCAUGUGGGAUGUCUUGGUGUAGCAAAAUCUCCUGUCUCGGGCUGUGCCUCCAGGAUGCGGUCCAUCUCGUUCUGCGUAAUACAAGACCGGUCCACGUCGGGAGUGAAUGAGAGGCUACAGAAGGGGUCUAAGUGGGUAGUUGCAUUGUUAAAAAAAAAUUCUCUGUUACAUGGAUGCUGCCGGUUGGGUUUCUUCCUCCCUCCCCCCCCCCCACUUUUUUAAAGCCUCCCUGCAAGUAGAAAAAUAGCAACUAAGAGAGCAGGCUUAACUUAGCAGGGGAGAAGAAUUCAAAGCAGCUUCAAGCCAGUGCAAACACCCAGGGUGGUCUCGGUGCCAGCAACUACCUUGAGUGGUGGCUGAGUGCAAACCUACAGAGAAGUCCUGAAGAAGUAGAUCAAGAGGUGUUCCAGCCUCUCCCCCAUUUAGGCUCUCUGCCCCCGUACCCCGACUGGGCAAUAUGUACUGUAUAUCUCUGCUUUCCCAAGGCACUGCUAUGAUGCAUUUGUCAAAUCAGGCUGCGGGGGAAGAUACUAUGUACUUUUGGUGGUCAUAGCAAGCCAGUUGCGGGUGCAAGGACAUCCAUGCUGCUGUCCUGUUGAUUUCCACCAUUUCCCCAUCCAUUCACUACCCCUUGUUUCCAUGUCAAGCAGCCUUUGCCAACCUGGUGCUCUUCAGGCUUUUGGGGACCGCAACCAUCCAGGCUGUCGGGGGCCAGUGAGAGUCGUACAGUUCCCAAAAUGUCCAGAGGGCACAAAGUUGGCAAAAGCUGGGGUUUUUUAAACCCUACUGGAUUCUCUGCCUGGCAGCUCCCAGAAUGCAGCAGGGCACUCUGUGAGUGCCGAUUGUGUGAUGGGUCACGCUUUUGCAUCAAACUUGAGAAACUGGGUGUUUCUGCAAGUCUCUCCUUAGGUUAGUGGAAGAGGUGGCGGGGGGGGGGCUGUUGGCUUUUUAAGGCAUAGUAGGGGGCUCCUUUGUGAAUUUCAGAUUCCUAAAAAAACCAAAAACUGAAGCAGACUUAAUUCCAAACUGCUUUAUCCAGGAGGGAUCGAGAUAAAGGAGGAAACUGUCAAAAUAGCGAUAAUGUUUCAGAUCCUUCCAUGAAUCUUAUUUUGGGGUUUUUCUUUUUUUUUGGUGAUAACCAUGAAAUAAAGAUAUUCCUGUCUGAGAAGAAA